AGUUAUGUAAACGUGGAGGAUUUUAACUCUGAGACUCCGAAGAUUUUCUUUUGAAGUUUAGACCACAAUCCCGAAACAUGUCGAAUUCAGGCUCAGUACCACCAAACGACUUUGUAUUCGUUCCUCAAACCGAGCCUGAUGGGAAAAAUGACAACGAUAUGAAUGUGCAGCUGGAUCUUGGGGAGAUGAGUUACGACAAAGCUAAUGAGCAACCAGAACUUAGACCAAGAGGAAAUGCUGCCUCACAGUUUCUGCAGAAUAAGGGUUAUGGUUGGUUGCUUGAAGUUGAUGAUCAUGAUGAUGAUGACCAGGCUCCUUUGCUGGAUGAACUGGACAUUGACUUGAAAGAUAUCUACUACAAGGUACGAUGUGUGGUCUUUCCAUGUCCAUUUCUUGGCUUCAAGAGGCAAGUCUUGAGGGAUAAUCCAGAUUUUUGGGGACCUCUGCUUGUUGUUCUUCUCUUCUCGAUGGUGUCAGUUUAUGGGCAAUUCAGGGUUGUAUCUUGGAUUAUCACUAUCUGGAUUUUUGGAUCACUUGUCAUCUUCCUUUUAGCAAGAGUUCUUGGUGGUGAGGUGAAUUACUCACAGUGCUUAGGUGUAAUAGGCUAUUCAUUACUGCCUCUCAUUAUUGCUGCCACUGUACUUCCUGUGACUAGAUAUAUUCCUUUUAUUGGUUCAAUAGUAAAGCUCAUUGGUGUUUCCUGGGCAGCAUACAGUGCAGGGUCAUUGCUGAUACAGGAAGAACUUGCUCAGAAAAAACCAUUAUUACUCUACCCAGUCCUUCUACUCUACAUUUAUUUCUUCUCCUUAUAUACUGGAGCUUGAUUGAAGGAUCUGUCCACCAAGUUGUCCAGUGUACCUUGAUAGAACCAUUUAUCUUUGAUAUAUAAAGACAUUGUGAGACAUUAAUCUUCAAGGCAGCUCAAUACCAUACCUUAACUGAGAAGGUUAUUACUUGUAGAAUUGCUGAAAUUGGAAUACUCUGUAGUUGCUCAGUUUUGAGCAUUGAGAGGCUGAGUGAUCUAAAAAAAAUCUUACAUAAUAUAAUUUAAUGUGUAUUUAUCUUGCUUAAGAUUUGUAUUUAAUUAGGGAAUGCAUGAAGCAGCAUUUUAUCUGUCAAAUUGAAGAUGUGUUAUGUUACAAAGUUGUGCAGACAAAGUCAUGACAUCAUAUUUUUUUCUAAAAUUUAAUUGGUUCUAAGUUUUGUACUGUCACCAGACUAAUAUAAGUGGCUCAUGAAUAUACAUUAUAUAAUCUUUUGACUUUGUACACCAAAUUUCAUUUUUGGUUUGGUUUAGUUUGGUUUUUAUUUACCGUAUAAAAAUCACAAGAUAUGAGAUUAAAUAUAGAUAUAUAAACAUGCACAUAAAACUAUACAGAUGGAUCACUCUAUUCAGAGCCAUUGAUAUAAUGGCUCUGUUCUCCCUAGAGGUCCAGUCAAAGUAACAUGAGAAAUAAUAUGACACAUAUAAAUAAUGAUACAUUAAUGAUAACAAGUAUUUAAAAUAUAAUUAAUUGAAAACAAAAAUAAAUACUACACAAAAGCGAAUGGUAAACAAAAUAAUGAUUAGACACAAUUACACAAUAACAGUCCUAAACCUUCCCUUUUCCUAAGGGACUUAUCAUACACACAUGUAUGAAAAUAUGAAAUUAUUAUAAUUUCAUGUAAUAACAUAGAAAAAGGAAAGUGGGGAUGUGACAUCAUCAGCCCACCUAAUGAAUAUUCAUAACGAUAUGUGUAUAACUGUUCUCUAAUACCGGUGAUUAUUUUCAACCCAAAUAUGGAAUUAUAACAAGUCCUAAUAACAACUUUUCUAUCUCUUGUAUCCUACAUGUAUUAUCAGGAGUUUGUGUUUUUCUGUUACGCACCUUUUCCCACAGGGUUAUAAACAAAAUGUGAAAUAGAUAUCAUAUUAGGUGAAUCUUUACCAUAACAAAGUGUUUGCUGUAGCCCACUUUGGGGUGAAUGAGCUGAAGCGAGCUUCCGUUUACAUGAUUGUGUCUUCAUCAGAACAAAGUCAGACCAGAGCUUGAACCUUCAAGCUCUUGCCUUAAGCAGAGCUGCCAAGUAGUACGAUUUUUCCGUAUUUAGUACGUUUUUGCAACAAAAAUACAGCAGUACGUUUUUUCUUUUAAAAAUACAUUUUUUGUAAAAAAUGGUUAUUAGAUCAAUGUAAUUUCAGGUAACUUGUUUUUUUUUUCAAUCAUUUUGUAAAAACCAGGGUGAGAUAUACACAAGUUUCAAUGUUUUUUUUUUUCAUCUGCAAGAGCAGUGUACAUUUUAGCUUGCAUGCAGCUUGAGCACCGUGAUUGGCGAGUGCGCCAAGCAUUUUAAUAUGAAAUACACUUUUUUGGGGAAAAAUACAAAAUGUUUAUCUCACACGGUAAAAAUACUGAUUUUUUUUGUCAAAAUACUGAUUUUGGGGGAUAAGAAUACUGAAAAUGCAAAAUACAACUUGGCAGCUCUGCUUAAGUGCUUGCUAUGCAUGAAUGUGUGAUGACUUCGCUGUAUACCGGUAUCAUUGUAAAUCUGUAUGGCAUGCUCCGUAAAGCAUUAUGGGAUCGACCUUUAUUGUGGACACUGCAUACUGGCGCACUUAUUCGCAUUUUAUCAGGCUAUUCUGGAAAUGUUUUGGGCAUACUUUUUUUUCUGCAAAAUAAGGGGAUAGUGGAAAAAUGAGCCAAUUUUUUUCUGAGCAGGCCAGUGGGCUAGAGCACCAAUAUCAUUUUGAUGGAGACGUCCUUUAUGAUACCUGUAUAUGUAUUCAGAAUAACAGUGAAUACAAGAGAAUAAUUCCUAAAACUGAUAGAAAAUAUUUUAGUGACAAGUCUUGAGUUCUGUAAGAUAACUUUGAAGCUACAUGUAGAUAAUUAUCUUUGAAUCACAACAGUGCAACAUUAACCAAGCUUUAAUAAUGAUGUAUGCUAGAUCUACUUUUAUUAUAUGCCUAUUGCCUUUAUAUGUUUCUAUGCUUACAUGUACAAGCUGCUCUACAAUCUAUGAUUUGUGCAAAUAUACAGUGUAGAUGUUAUGUGUGCUCAGAAAGCCAUAAAAUUUCAGUCCUGCCUUGCUCCCCCUCUUAUUGGCAAAAAAAAUUAAUAAAAGAGGCUAUAUCAAAAUCAUUAUUCUAAUUGACUGUUGUGUGUUUAUCCACCAACAUACUUAUAAAAGUGUUAUAAAAGAGUCAUGCAAUCAGAUAAACUUCCUAGCAUAUCAGCUAGUGUGCUUCAUUGGAAGGUUAGGUUUAGCAAUAAAUAAUCAUAUGAUUUAUAAUCCAUGAUGCUUAUAUUUUCAUGUUAUGUCUCAAGAAAUGCAUGUGUACAAAAGCUAGAUUUGUUAUGCUUUCUUACGAAGGAAUUUUCAUGUUGUGGGAAAGUAGUGACUUGCACUGUAUUUUUUUUUAUGUAACACAUUAUUACAUUGUAUGUAUAUGAAAUAAUAAUAGAAAUUAUAUACAUGUACAUCAUUUUUGUCUCGCCUGCAAGGUUAACUUUAUGAAAUGUCAUCAUUACUUAGAAAGUAUGUGGACCUAGUUCAUGAAACUUAAUCAUAAGGGUAAUGGUGUAUCACUGAAGAUCCUACCUGAGUUUCAGGUCACAUAACCAAGGUCAAAGGUCACUUGGGGUCAAUGAACUUUGGUCAUGUUGGGGUAUUUGUUGAAUUGUCAUCAUAACUUACACAUUUUCAUUCAUUUUCAUUUAUUUCCAUAUUCAUUUAAAAACAAACAAUCAUCAAAUCACAAAGAAGAAUAUACAUAUAUAUCACAUACAGAAAAACACCUAUAAAAAUGGAAAGAAAGUGAGAGAAGGCUAUUUUACAUACAUAUAAAAAAUACAUAACAAAUUGAAAUAUGGUGGAAACACCAAAAGCCACGGGGGCUUAUCGAGGGUAUUCCCAUACGAUUAAAAAACAAAUUAAACAUAUUUUUAUGAAGAGAUGUCAAAGCCAAGAUAGAAAGAGAAAGAGUGAGAAGGAGAAAAGACUGUAAAGGAAAUGAAAAUGAGAUUGCAUAGUAAACAGGAGAGAUUGACACACUGUAGCAUGUUUCUACAAACAUCUAUUAUCAUUUUGCAGUAUAUAGUAUUUGUAUUUUCUUUUAAAUGAUGACAAAGUAGGACAUAAUUGUAGCUCAAGUUGGAUGCUGUUCCAGCAUUAAGUACCCAUGAAUAUAAUAGUGGUUCUUGAGAACUUCAAUUUCAAUAAAGGUAAACGUAUAUCCCCAUUAGUAGUAAAUUCUAAAAAUGCAGAACUUGCUGAAUGGCCCUGUCUAAAGCCAAACUGUCGUUUAUACAAAAUAUUAUUUUUUUCAAUGUAAUUUAUUAAUUUGUUAUAAACAACUUUUUCAAAUGUUUUAGCAAAAACAGAUAAAAGAGAUAUUGGCCUAUAAUUUGAUAUUGCUUUUUCACCUUUUUUAUAGACCGGAACUAUUUUUGCUACCUUCAAGUGAUCAGGAAAUAUUCCCGAGUCUAGUGAGUAAUUAAAAAUAUUGCACAGUGGAUGUAUAAUAAAAUAAAUAGAUUUCUUGAAAACUUCAAUACUUAUUUCAUCAGAUCCAGGACUCUUGUUGAUUUUAAAAGAUUUAACAACAUCAAUAACGUCAGAAAUACUCACUGGAGACAUGAAUAAUGAAUUACUUACUCUAUUUUCCAUGUAAAAUGAAAAAUCUAUGUCACUUGAAGGCAUGUCAUUAAGUUUUGAUCCUAUUGUACUAAAAUAGC